GUCUGAACUCCGGGAGAAGAAGUUAAGAGGCCGGCUGUUUGUUGUUGUUUGGUAUAUUAGAGUUAUCAUAGAGUUAAUAUAGAGUUAAUAUAAUGUUUAAAACGGAGAAGGUGCUGCAUUUAAAGAGCAGUAGAGGGGGGAAGGUGCGGGUGGUGAGGGAGCACUAUGUGAGGGAGCGGGUGAGCUGCGGCUGCGCAGUGUGUGAGGCGGGCUGUGACCGCGAUGGUAAGCUGCUGUCUGGGGAUGUGACCCACUACGUGGUGCCGGAUGCUGUAGUGGUGCGGGACUUUCUGGAGGUCCUGGAGUUUAGAGAGUUGCAAGGGAUUGUGUUUACCCAGACGGCCUGUCAGGCUGCACAUCACGCCCGAGGACGGAGGCACUAUAACAGGUUACGUGGUCUCCUGAAGGACCCCCGCCAUGACUGCGUCUUGUUUGCCAAUGAGUUUCAGCAGUAUUCCUACUGCCCCCGAGAGAAAGGAGAGACGCAGGAGAAAUGGCACACAAGGUGUGUGUAUCAUGCAGCAGUGUGGUAUUAUAACCACCUGGCUGGUCUGAAGCCAGUGGUUAUGAUCACAGAAGACCAGGACGCUGUUAAGGAGUACAGCAGUCUCAACAGUGGGGUUUACGUCAUCUCAACCCGAGAAUAUUUGGAAACCUUUUGGCCAGAUCUCCAGGCAGCCCAGGAGCUGUACACGUCUAUUUCUCAGGCUCUACAGGAGAGAGAAAGUGAAGCUACAGAGAAGGAGUAUACUGAGCACCUGCCUGCUGAGGUUCUGGAAGCCGGGAUAAAAUCUGGGAGAUACAUUCAGGGCACACUCAGUGUGAACAAGCAUCGUGCCCAGCAUGAGGCCUUUGUGCGGUUUGAGGGUUCUUCAAGCAAGAAUGCAGAUCUGAACAGUGAUAUUCUGAUCAGUGGGGGGAAGCUUCGGAACCGGGCUAUACAUGGUGACCUGGUGGCUGUGGAGCUUUUGCCCCGCGGUGAAUGGAAGGGUCGGACCACGGCGCUAACAGAGGAGCAGGGGGAGGAGAAGACUGGUGAAGAUGCUCAGAGCCAGCCCAUGCCUUCAGGCAGGGUGGUAGGUAUUCUUCAGAGGAACUGGAGGGAUUAUGUGGUGACGUUUCCCCCGCGGGAGGAGCUUCAGUCACAGAGUCGAAACUCCCAGAAGAUUCUGGCGGUUCCGUGGGAUUACCGCAUCCCAAAGAUCCGGAUCAGCACCCAGCAGGCCGAAGCCCUUCAGGACCACAGGGUGAUUGUGCGAGUGGACUCGUGGGAUAGCACCUCCCUCUACCCCAACGGCCACACUGUGAGGGUCCUGGGGAAGGCAGGGGAGCUGGAGACUGAGAUUCAGACCAUACUGAUAGAAAACAGCAUCCAUGUUCCAGCUUUCUCUGAAGCUCAGUUGCGAGAGAUGCCUGUAAACUCAGCAGAUCAGCCGUGGCAGAUGGACGGGGCGGAGGUGAGCUCUCGGCGGGACCUGCGGGACACUCACCUGGUGUUCAGUAUUGACCCGCUGGGCUGUGAGGACGUGGACGACACCCUGUCUGUCCAGACGCUGCCUGGAGGGAAGCGGCUGGAGCUCGGCGUUCACAUCGCAGACGUCACACACUUCGUUAAAGAGGGAUCGCUCACGGAUCUGGAGGCUCGAUCCAGGGCCACCACCUAUUACCUGGCUGACCGGCGGUAUGACAUGCUGCCUACCGUCUUGAGUGCUGACCUCUGCUCCCUACUAGGAGGAGUGGACAGAUAUGCUAUGAGUGUCCUGUGGGAGCUGGACGCCGAGUCUCUGGAAGUGUGUAAGGUGUGGUACGGCCGCACGCUGAUCCGCUCCUCCUACCAGCUGCACUACGAACUCGCCCAGAGCCUUCUGAACGGGGAAGAGGCCGAGGUGCCGGAGCUGGCCCAGCUGGAGAGCUCUGAGCAGGGUCAGAAGCUGGCUGAGCUCCUGCAGGCCCUGGAGACUCUGACCCGGAUGGCCCGGCACCUGCGGGCGCAGAGAGAUAAGGGCGGAGCUCUGGAGCUGGAGGGGGUGGAGGUGAGGGCACAGCUGGAUGAAGAUAAGAACAUCGCUGCUCUUGUGCCCAAACAACCCCUGGAGGUCCACGAGACCGUGGCGGAGUGCAUGAUCUACGCCAACCACUGGGUGGCGCGCAAGAUCCAGGAGAGUUUUCCCCACCAGGCGCUGCUGAGGCACCACCCACCUCCCCGGCAGGAGUUCUUCAACCAGCUGAUCGACUGUGCCAAGACUCGGGGUUUUACUAUUGAUACAAGGUCAAAUAAAACUUUGGCUGAUUCCCUGGACCAUGCAGUGGACCCUCUGGACCCCCUGGUAAACAGGCUGAUGAGGGUGAUGGCCACACAGGCCAUGUCAAAUGCCCUGUACUUCUCCACUGGAUCCUGCCCAGAGGAACAGUACUAUCACUAUGGUCUUGCUCUGGAUCGCUACACCCAUUUUACCUCUCCAAUCAGGCGCUACGCUGAUAUCAUAGUGCACCGCCUUCUUAUGGCUGCUAUCCAAUCAGAGAAACAGGAGGGCCUUCACAAGACAUUAGCCAGCAACAAGGAACUGGAGGAACUGGCUCAUCAAAUCAAUAACAAGAACAGAGCGGCGCAGCAUGCUCAGAAGCAGUCUGUAGAGCUGUUCCAGUGUCUGUACUUCAGAGACAAGGACCCCCUGACGGACGAGCGAUGCGUAGCUGAUGCUGUUAUCUACACUAUCAGAGCCAACGGCAUGCUGGUCUUUAUCCCGCGGUACGGUUUAAAGGGGGCAGUGUAUCUGAAGAAUCGGGAGGGUCAGGUGGUCAGUGUGAGGGAUGAUGGCAGCUGUGAGUGGCAGGUGGGGACACUGCAGAGGUAUCCAGACCGGAUCAGCACCUCCACCAGCAGAGGAACACACACCUUUCACCUGUUUGACCAUGUCACAGUGCGUAUCUCUGUGGAGCCCUCUCGAUGCCAUUCUGACGCUGUGCACCUGGAGCUCAUCAACAACAAGCCGCAGCAGGCGGUGCGGUCGGGCGAGGCUCAGCCGGCGGGGCGUGGUCAGUCCGAGCUGGUCCGGGAGGUGGUGCGCCGGGAGGAGGAGGCGUCUCUCCAGGCCGAGGAGCAGAAAUCCAGACGACCCAAACUGAGCCGAGAGGAGAGAGAGUUCAGACAGAGCAGAACCCCUAAUCUCUACUCCCUGCUGCAGGAGAUCAGCGAGCUCGCCCUGCUGGACCUGUCCGUCUGCCAUCCACCCACCGCCGAGCCUCAGACCUGCACUACAUCAGCAUAGCCUUCAUUCAGGGACUGGAAAUCCAGACGUCUGGGUCGUUUAAGAGACUUUUGAUUAUAGAAAGUGAGUUGUGUUUCUCAGAUGUAUAAAAAUGAUUGUAUAAAGUAGAUUUUGGGCUUCGGUUUGUUGGAUCAGGACACUGAAAGUAUUAAUUUAAAAAUUGCAAAAAAGCAGUUUUGAUGUUGACCCAAAUGAGCAAAAUCAUUGCUUCCUCCAGUAGAUUUUUUAGGUAGCAAUAGCAUGGCCCACAGAUAAAAAACGGCAGGUUUAAGUUCAUUUUUAUGCUGCACUCGCAUUAAAUCAAGGCCUUAAUCAUCACUCAUCACAUGAACAGGUUUAAAUUAUUGGCUCCUGUUUGUUGGAUCAGAUAACUAAAAAUAUUAAUCAAAAAAUUACAAAAAAGAGCACUUUCAAUAUUCCUCCAAAUUCGUGAAAAUGCUGAAUAAUUUCUACUGUUUGUCCAAAUUAGUUUCUACUGAACAUUUUAAAUCUUAUUUAUUGCUUCCUCAAAUAUCAGGUUUAAGUUUUAUGCUGCGCUUACAUAAAUGACAUUAAAUAAAGCACAUUAACAGGUUUAAACUGUUGGCUCCUGUUUGGGGUUGUUGGAACAGGCAACCGAAAAUAUUGAUCAAAAAAUGACAAAAAGAGCACUUUCAAGUAAGUAAAAAUGCUGAAUAAUUUCUACUGAACAAUGACUUGUAUAUUUUAAGUCAUUAUUUUCUUUAAUGGAUUUUUCUAGGUACCAAAACAAUGUUCCACAGACCACAAGCGGCAGGUGUGCUGAAAAACUAGGGAUGCACCGAAUAUUUAUCAACCGAUAAUCUGCAUCGGAAAAUGGCAAAAGAAAAAGCAGUGUUUGUCUGAAUUUGCAAAAAUAGUUUGUAAAUAGUUUAUACUGAACAGUGACUCUUAAUUUUAAGUUGUAUUCAUCGUUUUUUCUAAUAGAGGAACAGAUACAUUUUUUUAAGCAAGGGAGAGACUACAAACAACAGGUUUAAGUUCAUUUUUUUACACUCUACUCAUGAACUUAAGUAAACGCUCACUACUAGGGGUGGGCGAUAUGGCUCUAAAAUAAUAUCACGAUAUUUCAGGGUAUUUUUGCGAUAACGAUAUACUUGGCGAUAUAGGAAAACAGAAAAAUAAUUACUUAAUUUCAGGAAUAUUGUAUAAGAGUAUAACAGUAUAAUCAAUGUGGCAAAAUAAAUAACAUAGCAUAAAAUAAUAUAAUGCAGCAAAUAAUAUUGCAGAAUAUUUAGUGCAUGCAUAUAAACUGCAAACUAAAACAAUUAUACAAUAAAUACACCUGAAGCUUCACAGUAAAUAAUAGACUACUUUUAAGACAGAACAGCCCUAUUAUCUCAAUAUGGAUUUUUAAUAUCACGAUAUCUCUGUGUCACGAUAUAUUGUAUACGAUAUAUCGAACGAAUAUUGCCCGCCCCUACUCACUACUGACAAAAAUACUUUUUGACAUAUUUAAAUACAGACUUUUGGACAAUAUUGGGAGAUUGUGGUUAUAUGACUAUUAAACUAUUGUAAGUAAAUAAAUAUAUUUUUAAAACAUUCCCCCCAAAUUGAUCUCGAACAUUUUGAAGCGUGAGCCCCUGGAGUCUGAGAUCUUAACAGAACUGUGUUGCAGAAUUUGAUUUUAGUUUACUUUAGUGAAGUUUUCUGUCUCAUUCAUUUCAUCACCGAGCUGCUUCUCCACUGUUUUACUCAGAAACUGCCUUUAAAAUAAAUAAUUUCCCUAAAAGGAGUUCAGUUCACUCAGUCAGCUGCACUGAAAACUCAUAAACCAGAGACAGAGCAGAGUAACGAGGUAAUGGAGUGCUCAUGGUUUGGUUGCGGUGUGCUCAGGAUAUCUUUUACACAAUGUUUUAAAAAAAACGAUUGUAUAAAGUAGAUUUUGGUUGGUUUUAUUUUUAAAAGUGUAUUUUCUUAAUAAAGUUGAAUGUGAACAGACUAAA